AUGCGUGCCUCGACUACAGCUUUCACUACACAGCAGCAGGAGUUGGUUGGGCUUGACGUGCCGGGACAGCUUGUACCCGACCCAGAACCUGUCUGGUCUCACGUGGUAUGAGACUGUAAUCCAUUGCCUGGAGGACAAAAGGUUAGGGGAAGGGGACUAACAAACCAACUCCAAAAUACACCUGAAGCCAGAAAUGGUGGAAAGUUGGGCUUCGGGCUAGCAACUCCAACUCGUAAUAAAUCGCAUAUGCUACAGAAACCACAAACACACUACUUCAGCAAGAGCCUAGUCGGAGAGAUUCCUCUGUAGAAGAGCCCAUGACAUGUGCGGGUCAAAACCAAAUGGAAGCCAGCUCACCGAAGAAUCCACUGAAGAUGAAGGCAAAAACCAGGAUAGGGACCUGGAACAUCAGAACCUUGUAUGAGAGCAGCAAAUCAGCCCAAGUGGCAAGCGAAAUGAAGAGAUAUAAUAUCGCACUCCUUGGUUUAAGCGAAUCACGAUGGAACGGAAGUGGCCAAACCAGACUGACUUCAGGAGAGACCAUCAUCUGCCCUGGCCAUGAAGACCUGGGCCAUGACCACACCCAAGGAGUAGCGCUGAUGAUGACACCAGAGGCCACAAAGGCAUUGAUGGCGUGA